GAAAAAGAGACGUCGACCCGUCUCGCGCCUUCUCUCGCGCGAAUCAGUUCUCCGACCGAACACACGACGGCGACUCGCCAAACCGCGGGACUCGGGUAAAAGCGACGAGGGUAUCGCGUUGUCGCUCGACGUCGUCAUCGGCCACUCCAAGUCGCGUUCUCGAAGAGACACCUCGAGAGACACCCCCGCGUGUGUGACGCAUCGCGACGGGGUGGAGAGAGAUUACAAGCACGCGGCGGAGCAACAGUGUUCGGCGACCUUCCUCUGGAGUGCGCCGGCCGUAGACGGUGAUAGGGGGCGAGUCAGGUGUCUCCACCAACGGUACGAGGAUCCCGAGAGGGUCGCGAGGUCAGCGAGAGGGCAUCGUAUCUCUGCGAAGGCGUGGUGGGUCACGUUUGCGUGAUUUGUGACAGCGCACGGAGAUAACGCGCUUCCGUAAACACGUGAGACAUGGGCUUGAUAGUGAAAUCAAUCGCGACAUGUGCCGACGAAUCCAGAGAUAGAUAUCUAAUCGAGUAAGAUAGAUUAGCGAUAACAUCGAGUACAGACGAAGGAGAGACGGAAGAGAGAGAAAGAGAAGAGACAGAGUUUGAAGGACGGUAUUUUCGCUAGUUAUUAUGCAUCAUCCGAAAAUCUCGGUCAAUCUCUCAACGACGUCUCCCCCAACGAUCUGAUCUCGUCGACUGCUCGCGAGAAGUGUCGCAUGCGGCGGAUUUUUUACGCAAUUCGGCGUGGCUACGCGAGCCGAGGGAUACCCCGAGAGAGCAGACCGCGACAAAGGCGGUAGUCGGGCAUGGUCGCGGAGGAUGAGGAAGAAAUACAAAAAUAGCUGUCCCCGUGGUUGACCAGUGGAGAUGCACAGCUGACCAGCCGCGUCAGUGAGCGAGAGAACGCGUGAGAGAGAGAGAGAGAUAGAGAGAGAGAAAAACAGAAAGCGAGAGGAAGAGAAGGAGAGAGGGAGCGAGAGCCUCGACGUUCGAUCAGCAUCGGCGACAUGCCGCGACUCGCGUCGGGACGACCGGACGAAGAAUCGAUCCGAUCGCGGUGUUUCGUGUAAACGCUCCGACUGCAAACACACCACGUGCCUUCACCGUCGUCGUGAACAGCUCCGCUAUCCUGGGCGUCGCGACGCCCACCCCCACUCGCCCGGCCGUCGACUCAUCGCGUCGAAAUCGUGCCAUUUCCGACGAAUUGUUUUCCUUUCGUUCGCACACGAGCGAUCCAACAAACGACGUCGUGGAGAUGUCCUCCGAGUCAUGCGCCUCACCGAGACGUCAACGUUCCGCGAUCUCGACUCUCGUAAAGUCUGACUUGGAUCCCGUCGAGUCCAGCAAGAUCCGCGAGUACCGCCGAGGAGUGCCUGUCAGGAACGCGAACCUCCCGAGGAUCGAAGCCACGAGGUUGUUGACCCACCGCAUCGCGACGCCGUCGCGUCAAUAUUUUUCGGCUAUAUCGGGUCGCUCGAUCGCAAAUUGAGACUCACGAGGAUUCGACGCGCGUGUCAGCUGUAAGCGAUAUGAGAGCCCAUCGACGAGAGAGGACCGAGUAUCGCGUCGAGGACGGACGUUGCCGGCGAGCGACGGAGGUAUCGUCGUCGUCGUAGCUCUCUCCAAAUCGCCGACGACGAUUACGUGACGAUCCAGGUGGAGGCCAACCACCAGUUCCUCGGUGGAAAUCACGAAAACGCCGCCCCCGCGAGAAAGAUUCCGACGAAGAUUCCCGCUAUAAAUAGAUGUCUUCUCGCGUGGAUCCCGUCUCUUGAAGCACACGCGUUAUCGGAGUGACAACGCGUACACGUGCGACACGUAUGUCGGCCGUUCGACAAGGUGGUACCGACCUUCCCCGCGGAUCGACGGCAGAAGGUCGUAUCGUCGUGACGCUCCAGGCCGACGAUCUUAGACGUAUACCUAGAUAGAGACGAGAACUCCGGGUCCAAAUCAACGUGGCUUCGAGCCUUUCUCGCUCUUCGCGACAGUCUCAAUCGCGACACAUCGAUAUCGCCAAGACCAAGACCAAGAACAACGACCAUACAUCUCGGCGCCCUCCUGGCGAACGAAUAGACACGAGACAAGAGCAUCCGCUUCGGAGACCACGACCUCUUUCUCGUUUAGCUUCGCUCUUCGGCCUCUUCGUAUCCGCUAAGAAGCCAGAGGAAAGCAGACGAAUGCAUCGCUGAUUUACACCGCGAUCGUCGUCCGACUACAGCAACGAAAGAUCUUUCUUUCCCCUCCCUCCGUUGAGUCUCAAGUCGUUACGUUACGCUAUCUUACGGCUGAUCACUAUGCUCAACUCGUGUUGUGCUUUUUUCUAUCGUGCUCGUGCAUUGUACGCCGCGAGUGUUUUUUCCUAGUGUUUUAGUAUUAUCGAUACACUAGAGAUAGGGCCCGUUGCGCCCUAAACGGUCAAACGCGGAGGUCUCUCGGCUGUCCAGAUACCUGAAAAUCCUCUUCCUGAGAUGCCUGUUAGACGAGGUCACGUGGCGCCCAGAACUACGAUCAUCGAGACCAUCAUCAGAAAGUUCGAUACGCACGAUCGAAGCUUUUUAGUGGCGAAUGCGCAACAGGGACUAUGCCACAUUAUCUACUGCUCGGACGGUUUCUGCCGGCUGACGGGCUUCUCAAGGGCCGAGGUGAUGCAGCGUCCGGCGGUCUGCGACUUCCUCCAUGGACCAAUGACGUCGCCGCAUGCGGUCGCGGCCCUACGAGACGCCCUCGUCGCUGGCGUCGAAAAACACUUCGAGAUCCUCUACUACAGAAAGGAUGGAACCAAGUUCCUCUGCAGCGAGGUGAUAGCGCUAAUAAGGAGCGAGGUGGACGACAUUUGCCUACAAAUCAUAAACUUCGAGGACCUGAGCUCGCAGCCGCCGCCGCAGCCUGCGAUCCCACCGCCGAGUCAGGCCAACAACAGGCUCGCGACACGCUUCGACAGGGCAAGGGCGUCCUUCCGGGCUGGCUUGUCGAGGACCGGUGUCGUUGGUCCACCAAGGGUCCGGAAUCGACCGCGCACGACGACUAAUUUGCCUCAUCGACUUGCUGACGGGACCAUCCUCGACGAGGACGCUUCUGAGAACUGCCCGUUAACAUGUGGUUCGCCCACAAUGAUGGAAUCUUGGGGCCCUGGGAGAACCGGCACGCCACCGCCGGGUCUGCCACCCCCGCCCUCGGCGGGGAGCAACAACAAUGGUGGCGCAACAACAUCAACGACCAUCCCGAGUGUCAUACCGCAGCCCGGCACUACCGCUCCCAUCGCCAGUCCCGAGGGAGUGAGCGAUGUCUCACAAAAAUCGGGACUCUGGGAGGGCGUAAAUACAUCGGGAGGCGCCGCGGAGGGUCCUUCGCGAAGUGUUUCUCAUGCAGCGAGUUUGGACGCGAUCUCGAAGAGAGCCGUGAAACCGGAAACAACGAGGGCACCUUGUCGCAGCCUUACUUGCAGCGUCUUAGCGGGCCGAGGGAGCGAACACGUCACCCUCGAGCGACGACCAGCCACAGUCGAUAAUCUAGCUGAAGCAACGAAACAUUCGAAAAUCUUUCCUGGCGUUGCUUCUGAAAGCGAUCUGCAGAAAUGGCGAACGUCCAAGGACCGAAAAUCGCCAUCUCUGAGUCAGAUGGGGCCGGAUUCCAUCAAGCACAAAUUUUCCUUACAAGACAAUGGAUCUGCAAAGUAUUUUCAAGGAGCGAUGCACACACCAAACAUGGGAGAAAAAGUCGCUCAGGUACUGUCUCUCGGAGCAGACGUCCUCCCAGAGUACAAAUUACAAUCCCCCAGAAUCCACAAGUGGACCAUAUUACACUAUUCGCCGUUCAAGGCAGUCUGGGAUUGGAUUAUAUUGCUGCUCGUGAUGUACACCGCCAUAUUUACGCCGUACGUUGCCGCUUUCGUUCUAUCGGAUCCGGACUAUAACAGCAGAAAGAACAAAAAAUACAGUGAUGAUCCCAUCGUUAUCAUAGACUUUAUAGUCGACGUCACCUUCAUCGUGGACAUUAUUAUAAAUUUUCGCACGACGUUCGUCAACAGCAACGAUGAAGUAGUGUCCCAUCCUGGAAAGAUAGCCGUCCAUUACCUGAAGGGUUGGUUCAUCAUCGACCUGGUGGCUGCCAUUCCCUUCGACCUCCUACUCGUAGGCUCGGAUACUGACGAGCUCGGCUUGGACAAGGACGAGACAACAACUCUGAUCGGACUCCUGAAAACGGCCCGUCUACUGCGUCUUGUUAGGGUAGCCAGAAAGAUCGAUAGAUACAGCGAAUACGGAGCUGCAGUUUUGUUGCUCUUAAUGGCCACCUUCGCUCUCAUUGCUCAUUGGAUGGCGUGCAUAUGGUACGCUAUAGGAAACGCCGAGAGACCAACCCUGAAGAGUAAGGUUGGUUGGCUGGAUAUUUUAGCCAACGACACGCAUCAAUUUUAUUUUCACAAUAACACUGGUGGGCCGAGUAUAAAAAGUCGCUACAUCACGGCGCUGUAUUUUACCUUCAGUAGUCUUACGUCCGUAGGCUUUGGGAACGUGGCGCCCAAUACCGAUGCCGAGAAAAUCUUUACAAUAAUCGUCAUGUUGAUCGGAUCUCUGAUGUACGCUAGCAUCUUCGGUAAUGUAUCGGCGAUUAUUCAAAGGUUGUACAGCGGCACGGCCCGAUAUCACACGCAAAUGCUCCGAGUUAGGGAAUUCAUAAGAUUCCAUCAGAUUCCGAAUCCCCUUCGGCAGAGAUUGGAGGAGUAUUUUCAACACGCAUGGACCUAUACGAAUGGCAUCGACAUGAACAGUGUUCUGAAAGGGUUCCCUGAGUGCCUUCAGGCUGACAUCUGUCUUCAUCUCAAUAGGAAUCUUUUAAACAAUUGCUCAGCUUUUGAGGGAGCAAGUCCAGGCUGUUUAAGGGCAUUAUCCUUAAAAUUUAAAACAACGCACGCGCCGCCGGGUGACACUUUAGUUCAUCGUGGGGACGUGUUGACCUCCCUCUAUUUUAUAUCCCGCGGGAGUAUUGAGAUUCUGAAGGACGACAUCGUAAUGGCCAUUCUGAGCAAGGACGACAUAUUCGGCGAGAAUCCGUGCAUUUAUCCGACAGUCGGAAAAUCGUCCUGUAAUGUUCGUGCCCUUACUUAUUGCGAUCUUCAUAAAAUCCAUCGGGACGAUCUGCUUGAUGUUCUGGCGCUUUAUCCAGAAUUCGCCAACCACUUCAGCCAAAAUCUCGAGAUUACUUUCAAUAUGCGAGACGAGGAGCAGGCUGGUGUCGAUCCAAUAUCAGCAAGGUUUCCUGUCAGCACUCCUACCGACGUCGAUAUCGACGCCAGGAGAUUCGCUUUCCGUCCACCAAGAUAUCGUCGAGGACCAGGUGGUGGUCCUGGCACAAAUCUUAUUCCCACAGGUCGACAAGAUUCCUUGCAAGACGAUCAAGAUGACUAUGAUAAGAGCAGCGGCCAUGGUAUCUUAGAGUUCAGCACGGACAAAGCCGGUCAAGACGUAACGCCUUUGAAUCUAGAAUUUGACGAGCCCAAGCAGAGAAGUACGACAUUGAAUUCGAUAACUGGCAUGCUAACCCAUCUCAAGCGCAGCAUACCGGAUCUACGUCAGCACAAGAUUCACCUGCAGCCGCUUACCAGCCACGAUUAUCUCGCCAAGCAAAUAACCACCCCACUGACGAAACCAGCGCGCCGAAGUUCCGCCGCUGGCGAGAGUAGCCUCAGUCAAAACGUCGUUCGUCCCACUUCGACAACGUCGAGCCACUACACCACACCAUCGCCCCCGCAGCAUCCUCAUUCCCAUGGCGACUUCCAGAGCGGCCCGGGUCGGCCCGUGGAGGAAAUCAACGCCAGGAUCGAUCUGCUGUCGCGACAGGUGUCCUCGCUGGAGCACUCGAUGGCCGGCGAUAUCAGAUUGAUCCUGAGCUUGCUCCAGCAGACGCUCAACUCGUCCAGGGAGAGCUCCAGCAUCGAGAUGAUGCCGGGAACGGCGGGGGCUGGCGCGAGACAAAGUAGCCGGGCGCCAGCGUUGGUUCAGAGAUCAGCGAGCGAACCGCAACCGCCGACGGUUCCGUCGAGCAACGGAAACGGGAAGAUUCAGCCCAGCACGUCGCACGGCUUGUUUAGUAGACCUCCCACGAGGGAGCCGACCUCCACGUCAUCGGGCACGUCGCGGCUGACCGUCACGUCGGAGACGUCCGCGCUUGCGACGGCGUUACAGACGGCGUUGAACAGUCGCACCGGACCCACGAGGUCGCAGAGCCAACCGGUCGAUUUGGCUGUACCGACCAGCGCACAGCAGCAGGCUCACGCUUGGCACAGUCAGCCCGCAGCCUUCAGAAGGGGUGAAUACCGGAGUGGCGUGCCCUGCGGCAGAUACAGCUCGUUCAAUAAACGAUCGGAGCAAGAGGGCGAGGAUCCCUGGAGCUGCAUAGCAUCGGAGGAACGAGGGGGUAAUGGCGCCCAGCGUCCUCGUAGCGGCGACUCGCGCAAGGACUCGUCGAAUCAUCGCGGUGGCAACGGUACCGAGUCCACGUCGGGGCAACAGGGUCGGUCCGAGGGCAGACAGCAGGAGGGCGGAGGCAGGGGCCAGCAGACGAGCGGAUCGCGACAGCAGGAGUCCUCGAGGCAGAUCAGCGAAGACAUGUCAUGGGAGUUUACGAUAAACGAAGCACCCAUCGCCAGGCUGGAAUCGCUGGACGAGCUCGAUCAAGAUCACGGUAGUUAAGGGGGAAGUGGAGGAAGGGGGAAAAAAUUCUGUCCUGUCAGCCGGGAGCUCAUAAUGAUCGGUUCCCUCGUUUCGUCGAGGGGAUGCGAAAAGUCGAACGUGACCGGGGCCGUUUUUGAUUCCUCCCUCGAGGAAAUCUCGUUUUUAAUUCGAUCGACAAUGUAGUCAACGCGAUGCGACGCUUAUAUCGAAGUUAAAUCAUACAGCCGAGCCGCGAGCAACGUAACGCGACGCCUGCAGGUCAACCUUAGAGCGUGUAACGUUAAAGGGAGCGUAGAGAGUUGAAAGUAGGAAUCUCCAUUUGCUAAUGAUUCGUUUAUAUUGAAGCUGAAAAAAUUAAAAAGAGUGACAUAGUUGAGGUAUCGUAAACGCUCUCUGUACAUCGACAUAAUUUUUUAAAUUUUUUAUUCGAAUUAUAAUUGAUAUGAAAAGUAUAAGAUACUUGUAAUAAUAUUCCAUAAAUGUGAGAAUUAAGAGAGUAUUAUAAUAGAAGAAUUUCGAAAAGUUAUAUAUUACGAUAAGAUAUUAUAUAAUUAUUAAGCGUUGAAAAAAUCGAAGAAAUUUGGCGUUUUUUUAAAAAUAAAUAUUAAAAUAUGAACUUUAUGCUUCCUCCAGUUACAUACGCUCUAGAACAUCAACGGACCUGUAAGCGCGAAGAUCAUUUUUUGUACUCGAAAUAUUGGCUGCGUAUGUAAUGUACAUUUUCGUAUAAUGUAAAUGUACUCUUUUUUUAUUUGUCAAGAGUUUCUCUCGCAUAAUAUCGACGGCCGUCAUGUCUCGUUUCGCUGUGCUAAUUCGGAUUAAUCGGUCGCUUGUUAAAAAACAUCGUACGAUUUAGGCUCUUAAAACAUUCGGCUUCAGGAGGAGCGCUUGUCUCUUUGGGAUUCCCGACAGCAGCAGUUCGGACAAUUCGAUAUUCGUUUCUUCAUAUCGAUUUUUUAAGCGAUCGAGAAGAGAAGCAAACGAAAGGAAUAUAUCGCCAAUUAGACGCCAAUUAUUUUACUCACACAGGAUCGCAAAUAAUUAUUUAUAUAUAUUUACACGUUGACACACUCGUACGCGUUGUAUAUCAUAAGAUAGGCACGUUAAAGGCGAAUGAAGUGCAUUGAAAGUACAUUGGAAUCGCUGAGAUUUUGACGGAGGACGAAAUCGCGAACCAAGUGUUUCGUCUUGCGCGAGAUUAAACAGUCAAACAAAAAAUAUCUAACCCGUUAGAUAUCGCAUAGAUACAAUAAAUAUGGCUGGAUGCGAAAAGUAUAAUGCUGAUGAUUAGAAAAGUAAACUAAGAAAAAUGAUUGUCUUAGCUGAUUUAUUAUCACGCGAAAUAUUUUGAUAGCCUUCGAGUCGCAUUUUCGCCGUCUUUCGAUGCUAAAAUGCGGUGGAAACGCGAUACCUUUGGAUCGAUAUCUAUUUGCUGGUGAAUGAAAGAGCGAAAAGAGUAAUUUGCGAGCGAAUAGUCGCGAUUUCUGGCGGGUUAUCAAUUAAGACGAUCGUUAGGGCACCUUCUUUUUUAUUCUCGCUUUAUAGGCAACGUUAGGUUUACGACGGUAUUAAGGUAACGAUAACUUAAGACAAGUAUUUCGCGUUACCGAAAGGUAUUAUCGCAUAGCAAUUUAAGCCGAAACAUCGGCGGAACACGAAGAAACGAUUUUUUUCAGGCGCCGUACAAAGUAGCCAUGUCCUUUAUACAGACAUAACGCGACAGAACAUAAUGUUGCACAGGCGACAUUAGACGAUUAUCAAGAUCAUUAUAAUUAUGCUUGUCAUAUUGUCGUAAUUAUGAUUAUGUUUAUUAUUAUUAUUAUUAUUAGUCUUAUGUGAUUAUUAUCGUUAUUAUUAUUAUUACUGUUAUCUCACUAUUAUACAGCAAUGAAAGAAGCGCAAGUGUGACAAGGGGGAAGCGGGGAAAUGAAGAAAAUUACACCGACGACAUGAUGCCUACGCAAUAAUAUAUAUACUUCUACAUAUAUACACAUAUAUACAGAGAGAAGAAAACGUAUAGAUGUGUGUGUGUAUAUAUACAUAUAUACAUAUAUAUUCUAUAAAUUUUUUACGAAAGCAUUUCGAGUCGCUAUUGCUCCUAAACGCGUAUAAACGUUGGUUUCUCUUCCUCUCUUUUCGUUUCUUGUCCUCCCGCAACAUCUCUCAAUUUCCGUCACUGGUGUCGCGAACAGCGGUCAAAAGGAGCUGGAAAACAGCGAUCGAUCGAUCCUGGGAAUCUUACCUUGACUCGAGGCUUUGCGGUAAAUUUUUAUAUUUACGAUUUGCGAUCGAGACAAGAGAAUAAGAAAGAGAAAGAGAGGAGUCGGACAGAUAUUCGCUACGAACGGCGCUUCGAGAUCGUUCACGGAUCAUCGAUCGCUGAUGAUCUGUUCGUUCUUUGCUCAGUAUUCUAGGCUGUACAGAAUACAUUCGAUGUAUUACGAUUAAACACACACGAUUCAUAGUUAACUCUCUGCGACGAAGCGGUGGUGCAGCAGCGCAGCGCUAAUAAAUGAUAGGAGGGAGGGGGGGAUGAAAACGCAGCUUUCAAUUCCGCAGAUGACGAUUUUUUGAUUGUUAAAUUAUCAGUAGUACACGCAGCGCACGUGGAUUCUCGCACUUAGGUACACGGCAGGAGUUGUACGUACGAUUAAGUACGAUUCUUUAGAAGGAGGGAAGAGAGUCCGGCGUGAUCCCGAUCGAGAGCGACCACGUUCACUGCACGAAAUCUGUCUCGAAUCACUGACAUAUGACAAAAAUACAUAUCAUCGCCUGGCUCUGUCGCCAUAUCAGUUUCAAUUAAAGAAAAUAAAAGUGGAAGUGUAAAUUGAGGGGGCUGGUUCCUCUCUCGAGAAAUAUUACAAGUCUAUAAAAAGACACCCUACUCCUUAACUGGUACGGCAUUAUCUAUUAGAAUAUCACAUUAUAAAUAGAAUGGGGAAUUUUUUCUUUUCUUUAUUUGUGCCUUAAAAAUAAAUAAUAUCUACAUUUUUGUUUUUUUUUUUUUAUUUUAGAAAUAAACUGAGAGCAAUAUUCCAGUGUCGUACCAAUUAAGGAUUAUCUCCCUCGGUGUCUUCUCAAUCAAUAUCGCUAUUUUUAUAGACGGAUAUAAAGAAUAUGAAGAAGCAAUGCUCAUAAUUUUAUCAUAUAUGAUACUAAAUAAAUAAUCACGACAAAUUAAGAAUAUAUUAU